CCGCGUCGAACAUCCCUGCGCGCACGCCGGCUCCUUUUUGCCUUAUACUUAAUUGAGAUGUUCGCGCUAAGCGACCACUCGCGGGAUUAUGAAGAAUCCGCCCCUUCUUUCCGAUGAGGAUGAUCCUGGAACCGCGAAAGAACGUUCCACCUGUUACGGAGGCGAGGCCUCGCACAACGCACCUUCGUCGCCUGAGCGUUCACAUGAGCCCCUCUUCUGGUGUCUGCUGCACCGACACACUAAAUCCAGGAGAGGUGAGGCACCGGCGCGAGCCCCCGUGUGCAGCGGCUGCCAUGAGCGCUGGCGAUGUCGUCGGCCGCUGAAGAGGCGCCCGUGAUACCGCUCUUCUACUUUCCCUACGGCCGGCCCUUGUCACCGCUCGAGGUGGAGAUGGCCUGCCGGGAGCUCAAGCUCGCGCUCAACGACAUCGCGGGCGAUGUCCUGGGGCCCGAGGACUUCGCGCCGCUCGCGAGGGCCUGCUCCCUGCCGGGCUACUUCAAGACGGCGCUGUACCGCGCCGCCGGCGGUGACAAGGACAGGCCCGUCACGAAGGAGCGCUUCUGCAGGUACUACAGUCACCUGGUGGCCAAUUUCCCGGAGGAGAGCUCUCGUGCCGUGCACGUGCUGGCACGGGAUCGCGACUACCUCACGCAGGAGGACUUGCGGCCUUUAUUCGAGGACUUCUUCGCCAUGCACCCGGACAUGCGCUUCUUGCAGAAGACGCCGCAGUUCCGGGAGCCGUUCAUUGCAACCGCGCUCACCAAGUACUUCUUCCACGCGUCCCGCUCCUGGAAGAACAUGCUCAGCAUCCGUGACUUCAGGGAGAGCCACCUGCUGAGCUCCCUCCGCUGGAUGGAAGAGUCGUCGGAGCUGGACCAGAGCAUGGACGCCUUCAACUUCGGCUCCUUCUACAUGACGUACGCCAUGUUCGAGGGACUCGAUCGCGAUCGGGACGGCAUGCUCAGUCCGGACGAAUUGCGGAACUUCCAGGGAGGCGCUUUCACCAACCGUGGCCUGGACAGGAUACUCUGCUCGGCUGUUAUCAAAAGGUACAACGGCCGCCAGAUGAUGGCCCUGCAAGACUUCGUCGUCUUUCACGCUGUCGAGUCCAACAAGGGGCUUCCUAAGAGCGUCGAGUUCUGGUUCCACUGCUUGGACUUCGACGGCGACGGCUUCAUCACCGUGUACGACAUGCAGUACCUCUACGAGGACAAGCGGCGUAUCGUCGAGGUGCACUUCCCGUGCUGCGACUUCGCCGAAGUGGCACACGAGAUAUUCGAGCGCGUCAAGCCGCGAAAGCCCGAGUUCAUCGCACUGUCGGACCUCAAGCGCUGCGAACCCAGUGUGGUGUGCAUGAUUGUCAACACGUUCAUGCUCGUACCCAUGACUGUUAGGUAACUCGGCCGGCCAACCAGGCGAUUUAUUUUUUUCAUUAGUGUCAUGAAGACCUGGUUCAUGGAUCGAAAAGACGUUGGUUGUUUUCCAGGUGUGAACGACAAGCGUUUCCGAAGUGUUCACCGCUGCUGCGACGCGCGAGAGGCCAGACCAUCGGACACGACUAGCUAGAAGUCCCAAACUAGAACUCUAAGCGGUGCAAUGAGUGCAGACGUGACCGCUGUGUGCCGUUUUUCGUGCGAUCUGGCAGUUGAAAAAUAACGGAGCCAAAAUUUGGGCUUUUUUCGUUUUUCUCUGUUGUGGACGUAGGUUAAAACAUUGAAAAUAGCUUCAUCGCGAUAAAAGAAAAAUUCUAGCUGUUACGUAUAGCCUCGUGACCGCGUCCUGUGAAGCAUUGUUCUGAGAAUGCGGAACUGGAAACAUCCGCGCAGGAAAGCAAUCGACAAAGACAAUUCACAACAACAAAUUUUGGGAUGUCAUCUGACGACUUGGCAUGUCUAAUCGUUUCAUGGAGAACAUUUGCCAUUACUUCCAGACGACAUACAGUCUCGCUUCGACACUUUUUAGGUCGGUACUAUACCUUGUUCUUUUCAAUCGGCUACCACAGCUUGCUUCAGAAAUCAAACAGUCCUUUCGUUUUGUUUGUACUUUCCAUCUUUUGGUGCUGACAUGCAGCAGCUAUAGCUUACUUGCCAAAUAACACUAUCUGCAAAUACAGUCGAGUGAAGUGGGGCGUUUUCACAGAAUUCAGACUUUCCGUCUUCUGCGGUAGAUAUUUGGUAGUCUACGUGUAUCCUCAGCGCUCCAAUAUUUUAUAGCAAUACGUGAUCCACCAGAAGUCAAGUGCUGGUUGGUUAGGUCUGCUGUACUUGAGACGGCUCGAGACGACAAAAUAACUAGUUCUGUGGCACUUAACACAGACAUGCCCGGUGACGACAGUUUUGCUGAAGGAGUGUUCGAAAAAAUUCGGGAGAUCCCACGUACUGUGGGAAUCAAUGUUAUGCGAAGCAUGUGCAGCAGGGUGACUGUGUCGCAAUUUUUCAUAUUGAGCGAAACGUUACGGAAUGACGCUAGAAAAUGUGCAAAUGGUAUACUCACACACAUUUUGAAGAGUCGCACGUGUGUUACAUAACCAGUUGUUUACAAUUGCUUAACGAUGCCAACAGCAACAUAGGUGUUGCGAACACCAGAGGCAGUAAGCUGAUAUGUGGUGCUUAUAUUCUUCAAUAAUAGCGCGAAUUCGAAUAGGGCAAUGAAGGAACACAGAUGCAAAGGACAGGCGCUGCUUGCAACUAAGCUUUAUUCAGAAAAGUUUCCCUAGAUAUACAGACAGCCGAGCGGCACGCGCAGGCGCACUGCACGUACGUUACAGUCACAGCUGCAGUUGUUAGAGUUGUGUUACAGUUGUGAUGUUUAUACUUAUCCGUUAUGACGGAGAACGCACGCAUGUUUCACGAACCCGUCUGCAUGCGUGGAAGGGGUUCUUGGCAGUUCUUGAAUAAGCUGAUAAUCGUCGUGAUUAGAAAACACGAGCAGCUGGACAGGACUUGUUAUCGGAUCGGUUCGUGACCGCGGCUAGUAGAGGUAUAGUAGAGCUGGUGGUAACCGCGGAUGGCUUUUACGAAGAAAUGAUCUAUGAUUUCUCCUGUCCUGGACGUGGCACCGGAACUUGUGAUGCCCCGCCCACAUCCAAGCCGUAUUUCAUGCCGUCUAAGAACCAGGCGUUGUUGGGUUUUGAUAAAUCAAUGCUGAAUUCACCGGUAAUAAUGAGGGACAUGGUCCUCUCGACAGACUUAUUGGAGGAAGCGUUGACCUCGGUUUUUGCGUAAUCCACGUGGUCGAUGUUGCGGACCACGAGGACGAGUGGAUGGUAACCAUUAUCCAGGGGUGCUCUGUCUUCAGCUCCCUAACUUUCCUUGCAUCUGCCGCUGUGGUGUUGUGAUUACGGUGCUCGGCUGCUGAUCCGAAGGUCGCGGGUUCAAUCCCAGCCGCGACGGGUAUUUUGCGUUAUUCAUGUCAGCACCAGUGAAUCGUGUUCGUCAUACACUCAUCCUGUGCUAUGCGAAUUUUGGUAGAUCACAACCUAUGGAGGCGACCGGGAGAGCGCCCAGACGUAGGCGGAUAGAUAGAUAGAUAGAUAGAUAGAUAGAUAGAUAGAUAGAUAGAUAGAUAGAUAGAUAGAUAGAUAGAUAGAUAGAUAGAUAGAUAGAUAAUACCGCAGCGGUGGUUUCAUGGUUGAGCGUCCGCUUCCAAUGCGGGAGGUACCGGGUUCGAUUCCCAGUGCCGACCGGGAACCAACCGGUUUUUCCAAAGGGGUGGGGGCGUACACAUACCUGGCGCUCGGUUGUUAAUGGGUACUCAUCUCAAAAGGUGGCCCCAUAAGGUUCUGUAAAGGCCCCUGGGCGCACCUUAACCCACCACAGCCUUGGUAAAAUAGUUGAGCAUCCGCCACUGCUGUGGGAGGCAGAAAGUUGUUGCCGCCGGGUACCUACCGGUAAAAUAGGUACAAGCGCACUCCCAGCCUUGUGCUCGGCACAACGAAGUUCAUAGUCGUUUGGGAGGGCACCCACCCUGUGGGAAAUUGGCGGCAUGGGGCCGCCAGACCUAAAAAUAAGAUCAUCCUUUUUUUUUUUUUUGCUUUAUGCAACACAUAUAGAUGCAUAAAGCGAAAAGUGAUAUUUCUGCUACGCUACAUAGAGCACGACUCAGCGCCGUCAAAAAUGCACUGCGUGUACGAAGUCGGGAACGACAUGUCAAGAGCAAUAACUGCUGGAGUUUUCCGUGCCAAAGUCACGCAAUAUAGGAUUAUGUAACACGCCGUUGUGGAGGGCUCCGGAGAACUUUUGCCACCUAGCACUUGCUACACGGGCUUCUAGCAUUUCGCCUUCAUCGAAAUGCGGCUGCCGCGGCUGCGAUCGAACCUGCGUCUUUCGGGUCAGCAACAGAACACCGUAACUACCGAUAACGGCUCCUCCUACCGCAACAGCGCGGCGGCCCAGUCUGUAGCAGGCUAUUAAAAAAAAAAAAAAAGCCUAGCUUCGGUUCUCGAUGCAUGCCUCAAACGUGCCGUAAGGUAACGAACGACCGUGCGCGUAACAUUGGACGUUUCAAACUAUCCUAGAAUGCCUACUGCAAGUACAGUUAAGUGCCCACUUCGCUAUAAUUCUUCCUUUUGCGAAUCAACGAAGGGCCCGCGUCCGCAAGGCAACACGCGAACCUACGCAGCUGCUCAGUUUGUUGAUGCUUAUGCAGCUGAUGAUGAUUAAACAUGAUGAUGAUGAUGCAAACUUUAUUUGGGUCCAGAGAAGACGCAGGGGAAUGUCUGAGCGCUUUGUAAUGUGUGGGCCUUUAAAACACCCACCCGUUGCGUAAUUCACAUGUUUUGACGCCUGGCGCGAUUCUACGCUUCUGACACGCAGUAUUACAUUCCUUCCACUAGAUACAUUCAUAUAGUGUUUUUUUUUUUUUUUUUUUCUCGCAGCAGUUCCAAGCAAUAGCAUGGCUCUGUAGUAGAAUACCCGCUUGCCACGCAGACGGCCUGGGUUCGAUUCCCACUCGAACCGUAGUUUCUUAUUAUUUAUUUUAUUGGCAUCUUUCUCGAUUUUUCGGUCACGGACAAGAUAAUUUUUCGCUCACAACCAACGACCUCGACGCCGGAAUUUCUGCGAAACAUGGGCGUCCGGAGGGGGGUGCAAGGGUGAGCGGCUGCCCCAUCUGGAAUUUCGGAUAAUAUUUUAGCAAUAAGUGACACAGCUCGAUUGGCGUACUCAGGUCCCGCAUAAUAUCCGUGUGAAACGGCCUUCAGGAUUGCCAGCCAACUUUGCUCGUUACACACUAUUGACUAAUCUUGCUGGUCAUGACACGGCAGUGAAAUAAAAGCUGUCUGUGCUGAAUAGCCCCCACCCCGCCCCUUUUCGCUUGCGGAUGCAACCCCCUGCAAAAAAUUCUGCGGACGCCUUUGCUGUGAAACGAGCUCUUUAACGCUAUCGCGUUAAAAAAACAGUUCUCCCAGAUUAAUCUUUGACUCAGUUUUUCCCCACUCCCUCCCUACAACCCAAAUAUGACAGCAUCCAUA